CCGCGGAGCCCAGGGGCCGGGGGCAUGAGCCGCCCCGCGGCCCCGCCGCGCCCCCGCCGCCCGCCGCCGCCCGCCAGGGGCUAGAGGCGGCCGCCACGAGGGCGCGCGGCGCCGGAGACAUGUCCAGGAGGAAACAGAGCAACCCCCGGCAGAUCAAGCGUUCCCUCAGAGACAUGGAGGCCAGAGAAGAGGCCCAGGCCGUGGACACCGGCCUCCCGGAGCGAGAGGCCACAGCCCUGGAGCCCGAGCCCCCGAGCCCUUCCAGUCCAGAUGCUACUCCUCCACCCCCACCGCUACCACCCGCCCCCACGUCCCCAGGAGGCUCUGAGGAGACGGAGGGUCCGGAGCCAGAGACGAGGCUGGAGGAGGAAGAGGCCAGCAGCCCCUGGAGCGGGCCAGAUGAGCUGAAGCUGCUGCUGCAGGACGGACAGAGGUGCGUGCGGGCUCGGCGCAGCCUCGCCGAGGGCCUGUCCUGGGGCCCGUUCCGCGGGAGCAUCCAGACCAGAGCCUCGUCCCCCGGGCAGGCGGAACCGAGCCCGGCCCUGACCCUGCUGCUGGAGGACGAGGCCUGCUGGCUGAGGACACUGCCCCGGGCCCUGACCGCGGCCGAAGCCAACUCGGAGAUCUACAGGAAGGAUGGCGCCCUCUGGUGCAGGCUCACCAGGCCAGUGGCCGCGGGCGGACGGCUGAGCAUGCUCCUCGCAGCCGAGCCCCACAGUGCCCCCAGCCAGCCUGUGAAGGAGCCGGUGGAGCCCGAGGGCCUGGCCCCCUCCCCAGCCGCCGACAUCCAGCUCCUGCCCCAGCAGGCGGGCAUGGCAUCCAUCCUCGCAACUGCAGUUGUCAACAAAGACGUCUUUCCCUGCAAGGACUGCGGCAUCUGGUACCGCAGCGAGCGGAACCUACAAGCCCACCUCCUGUACUACUGCGCCAGCCGCCAAGGCACCAGCUCCCCCGCUGUGGCCGCCCCCGAUGAGAAGCCCAAGGAGACCUACCCCAACGAGCGGGUCUGCCCCUUCCCCCAGUGCCGCAAAAGCUGCCCCAGCGCCAGCUCCCUGGAGAUCCACAUGCGCAGCCACAGCGGAGAGCGCCCCUUCGUGUGUCUCAUCUGCCUGUCCGCCUUCACCACCAAGGCCAACUGCGAGCGGCACCUCAAGGUGCACACAGACACGCUGACGGGUGUGUGCCACAGCUGCGGCUUCAUCUCCACCACGCGGGACAUCCUCUACAGCCACCUAGUGACCAACCACAUGGUCUGCCAGCCGGGCUCUAAGGUUGAGAUCUACUCAUCAGGGGCUGGGCACCCCACUGCCAAGCUCCCCGCAGACAGUCUGGCCGCCUUCCAGCAGCACACGGCGCUGCACGGCCCCCUGGCCUCUGCAGACCUGAGCCUGGUGCCCGCCCCAUCACCGGGACUGGACAGGAAGGCCCUGGCAGAGGCCACCAACGGAGAGAGCAGACCGGGCCCCCAGAACGGGGGUGGCGGCGAGCCCCCGGCGACCCCCAGGAGCAUCAAGGUGGAGGCGGCAGAGGAGCCCGAGGCGGAGCCAGGGCCCCAGGCCCUGUCGCGGACGCCAUCACCGCCCAGCGCCGGCCCCAGCCCCGUCCGCGUGAAGGCGGAGCUGUCCAGCCCCACGCCCGGCUCCAGCCCAGGGCCCGGCGCACUCUUCCUGCCGCAGUUGCCCACGGCGCCGCCUGCCUCCGAGAUCCUGGCCAAAAUGUCCGAGCUGGUGCACAGCCGGCUGCAGGCGGGCGCGGGGGUGGGAGCGCCGGCUGGCCUCUUCACGGGGGCCCCCAAGGGCGCCACGUGCUUUGACUGCGACAUCACCUUCAACAACGUCAACAACUUCUAUGUGCACAAGCGCCUCUACUGCUCCGGCCGCCGCCCGCCCGACGACACGCCCCCUGCCCGCCGGCCCAAGGCGGCCCCAGCCCCGCCGCGCGCGCCCCCCCGCCCGCCGCCCGCCGAGGCCGACGAGCAGCGCUCGCCGCCGGGCCCCGGGGCGCGCGAGAACGAGGCGGGGGGCGCGGCUACGCCCGAGGCGGAGACCGAGGCCGAGGCGGGCGGCCGGGGCAGCGAAGGCAGCCCAAGCCCGGGCAGCGGGGCAGACGAGGACGACGACCCCCGCCGGACGCUGUGCGAGGCCUGCAACAUCCGCUUCAGCCGCCACGAGACCUAUACGGUGCACAAGCGGUACUACUGCGCCUCUCGUCACGACCCGCCGCCGCGCCGGCCUGCGCCCGCCGGAACCUCCGGGACCCCCGCGCCCGCUGCGCCGCCCGUGCGCACGCGCAGGCGCCGCAAGCUCUACGAACUGCACGUGGCCGGACCCGCCCCGCCCCCGGUCGGACCCGCCCCGUCCCCGGUCGGACCCGCCCAGCCCGUCGCGCCAGGCCACGCCCCCACGCCGCCUGCGUCGCCGGCGCCGCGGCCCGGAAGCGGAAAUGGAGGCGGAGGUGGAAGCGGCCAAGACCCGGCGGAAGGCCCCAUCGACCUGAGCAAAAAGCCGCGGCGCCAGGCUCCCGCCGCCGCUCCUGGCCCUGCGCCCGGCCUACCGGCCCUGGCCGAUUACCACGAGUGCACAGCCUGCCGCGUGAGCUUCCACAGCCUCGAGGCGUACUUGGCGCACAAGAAGUUCUCGUGCCCCUCUGCCCCGCGCCGCCUGCGCGCCGCCCCCGAGGACCAGCCCGCCAUCGUCUGUCCCUACUGCCCCCCGAACGGCGUGGUGCGCGGCGACCUCAUCGAGCACUUCCGCCUGGCGCAUGGCCUGCUGCUGGGCAAGCCCCCGGCCGGCUCCGGCCCUGGCGCCGAGGCCCGGACGCCUUCGCCCGCCGCCCCUCGCGACGGCCUCAACGGCCAGGACCCUUGGGAGCCGCCCGCCGGCAGCCCCCGGCCCGGCCCGCCCCCGGCCACGUCCCCCGAGGCCGUGCCGGCACCCCCCUCCCACUCGGACAAAGGCGUACAGACGCCCAGCCAGGGGACGCCGGCCUCCGUGCCCAACGGCAACCACAGGUACUGUCGCCUGUGCAACAUCAGGUUCAGCAGCCUGUCCACUUUCAUCGCCCACAAGAAGUAUUACUGCUCCUCGCAUGCGGCCGAGCACGUGAAGUGAGCGCCCGGCGCUGCUGCCCUGCAGGGGGACCCGGGACGCUCCAGGCACAGACCUCGUCCGAGAGGCUGCAGGGGGCAGCGCCCGCCUGGACCUUGGCACUUAAUAAAGAAGUUAAGUUUGCUGA